AUGGGGGGUUUUUGGAGUGGCGGAAGGGGUCGGGACGGGGUUCGGGUGCGGUGGGAGGGGGGUCGGUCGUCGGGGACGUUCGGGGGGGGUGUCGGGGGGCAGGUACGGGGGGUGGGGGUUCGGUUGAGGGUGGGAGAGGGGCCGUUCGUGCCGCGUGGUGUCCGGCGGGUAGGAUGGGGUUUGGACGGGGAGGGGGGGGGGGAUGGGGAGUGGGGAAAUGGUGGGAGGUUCGUUCGUGGGGUGGGUGGGGUCGGGAGGGAGGGUAGGAGGGGGGGGGGGGGGGUUUAG